ACCCGGGCCUGUUCGCCCGCCGCCCUGCCGCCCCGCCGCCCCACGCCCGCCGGUGCCCGCCGGUGCCCGCGCCGGCCGCAUGGCGCUCAGGGGCUUCUGCAGCGCCGAUGGCUCCGACCCCUUCUGGGACUGGAACAUCACGUGGUACACCAGCAAUCCCGACUUCACCAAGUGCUUUCAGAACACCGUCCUUGUGUGGGUGCCUUGUUUUUACCUCUGGGUCAGCUUCCCCUUCUACUUCCUCUAUCUUUCCCACCAUGACCGGGGCUACAUUCAGAUGACACAUCUCAACAAAGCCAAAACUGCCUUGGGGUUUUUGCUGUGGAUUGUCUGCUGGGCAGACCUCUUCUACUCUUUCUGGGAAAGAAAUUGGGGCAACUUCCCGGCCCCGGUGUUUCUGGUCAGCCCAACCCUCUUGGGCAUCACCAUGCUGCUUGCUACCUUUUUAAUUCAGCUCGAGAGAAGGAAGGGAAUCCAGUCCUCAGGGAUCAUGCUCACAUUCUGGCUUAUAGCCCUACUAUGUGCCCUUGUCAUCUUGAGAUCCAAAAUCAUGACUGCCUUAAACGAGGAUGCCAACGUCGAUGUGUUUCGGGAUGUCACGUUCUACAUUUACUUCUCCCUCGUGCUGAUUCAGCUCGUGCUGUCCUGUUUCUCAGACCGCUCGCCCCUGUUCUCAGAAACCAUCAACGACCCUAAUCCUUGCCCGGAGUCUGGUGCGUCCUUCCUUUCCAGGAUCUCCUUCUGGUGGAUCACAGGGUUGAUGGUCCGGGGCUACCGCCAGCCCCUGGAGAGCACUGACCUCUGGUCCCUGAAUAGGGAGGACAUGUCAUCACAAGUUGUGCCCAUUUUGGUCAAGAACUGGAAGAAGGAAUGUGCCAAGUCCAGAAAGCAGCCGGUGAAGGUCGUGUACUCCUCCAAGGAUCCCGCCAAGCCCAAAGCGGGCUCCAAGGUGGACGUGAACGAGGAGGCCGAGGCUCUGAUUGUCAGGGCCCCCCAGAAGGUGCGGGAGCCGUCCCUGUUCAAGGUGCUGUACAAGACCUUCGGGCCCUACUUCCUCAUGAGCUUCGUCUUCAAGGCCCUGCACGACCUUAUGAUGUUUACCGGCCCGGAGAUCUUGAAGUUGCUCAUCAACUUUGUGAACGACAAGAAGGCCCCGAACUGGCAGGGCUACUUCUACACCGCGGUCCUGUUCCUCAGCGCCUGCUUGCAGACCCUCAUGCUGCACCAGUACUUCCACAUCUGCUUCGUCAGCGGCAUGAGGGUCAAGACCGCCGUCAUCGGUGCCGUCUACCGGAAGGCCCUGGUGAUCACCAAUUCUGCCAGGAAAUCCUCCACGGUCGGGGAGAUCGUCAACCUCAUGUCUGUGGACGCCCAGAGGUUCAUGGACCUGACCACAUACAUUAACAUGAUCUGGUCAGCCCCUCUGCAAGUCAUCCUGGCGCUCUACUUUCUGUGGCUGAACCUGGGCCCCUCCGUCCUGGCCGGGGUGGCUGUGAUGGUCCUCAUGGUCCCCCUGAACGCGGUGAUGGCCAUGAAGACCAAGACCUACCAGGUGGCCCACAUGAAGAGCAAAGACAGUCGGAUUAAGCUGAUGAAUGAAAUUCUCAACGGGAUCAAAGUGCUGAAGCUUUACGCCUGGGAGCUGGCGUUCAAAGACAAGGUGCUGGCCAUCCGGCGGGAGGAGCUGAAGGUGCUGAAAAAGUCUGCCUACCUGGCCGCCGUGGGGACCUUCACCUGGGUCUGCACACCUUUCCUGGUGGCCCUGUGUACUUUUGCCGUCUACGUGACCAUCGAUAAGAACAACAUCCUGGAUGCCCAGAAAGCCUUUGUGUCCUUGGCCUUGUUCAACAUCCUUCGUUUUCCCCUGAAUAUUCUCCCCAUGGUCAUCAGCAGUAUCGUGCAGGCGAGUGUCUCCCUCAAACGCCUCAGGAUCUUUCUGUCCCACGAGGAGCUGGAUCCCGACAGCAUCGAGCGACAGCCCAUCAAAGACGGCGGGGGCUCGAGCAGCAUCACCGUGAAGAACGCCACCUUCACGUGGGCCAGGAGCGACCCUCCCACACUGAACGGCAUCACCUUCUCCGUUCCAGAAGGUUCCUUGGUGGCCGUGGUGGGCCAGGUGGGCUGUGGAAAGUCAUCUCUACUGUCAGCGCUCUUGGCCGAGAUGGACAAGGUGGAGGGGCACGUGGCUAUCAAGGGCUCAGUGGCCUACGUGCCCCAGCAGGCCUGGAUUCAGAAUGAUUCUCUCCGAGAAAACAUCCUUUUUGGACGCCAGCUACAGGAAAGGUACUAUAAGUCUGUGAUAGAAGCCUGUGCCCUCCUCCCAGAUCUGGAAAUCCUGCCCAGCGGGGACCGGACGGAGAUUGGUGAGAAGGGCGUGAACCUGUCUGGGGGCCAGAAGCAGCGCGUGAGCCUGGCCCGGGCCGUGUACUGUGACUCCGACGUCUACCUCUUCGAUGACCCGCUGUCGGCGGUGGAUGCCCACGUGGGAAAGCACAUAUUUGAACAUGUGAUCGGUCCCAAGGGGAUGCUGAAGAACAAGACUCGGCUCCUGGUCACGCAUGGGAUCAGCUACCUGUCACAGGUGGAUGUCAUCAUCGUCAUGAGUGGUGGCAAGAUCUCCGAGAUGGGCUCCUACCAGGAGCUGCUGGCCCGGGACGGGGCCUUCGCCGAGUUCCUGCGCACAUACUCCAGCGCCGAACAGGAGCAGACGGAGGAGGACGAAGGAUUAGCAGGCAUGAGCGGUCCAGGGAAAGAGACGAAGCAGAUGGAGAAUGGCACGGUGGUGACGGACGCUGCGAGGAAGCAACCGCAGAGACAGCUCAGCAACUCCUCCUCCUACAGCGGGGACGCCAGCCGGCACCACAGCAGCACUGCCGAGCUGCAGAAGGCUGGGGCCAAGGAGGAGGACGCCUGGAAGAUGAUGGAGGCCGACAAGGCUCAGACAGGGCAGGUCAAGCUCUCCGUGUACUGGGACUACAUGAAGGCCAUUGGACUUUUCAUCUCCUUUCUGAGCAUCUUCCUUUUCUUAUGUAACCACGUUGCCGCCUUGUCCUCCAACUAUUGGCUCAGUCUCUGGACUGAUGACCCCAUCGUCAACGGGACCCAGGAGCACACUAAAGUCCGGCUGAGUGUCUAUGGAGCCCUGGGCUUCUUUCAAGGGUUUGUUGUGUUUGGCUACUCCUUGGCGCUGUCCGUCGGGGGCAUCUUCGCCUCCCACCGCCUGCACCUGGACCUGCUGCACAAUGUCCUGUCGUCGCCCAUGAGCUUCUUCGAGCGGACCCCCAGUGGGAACCUGGUGAACCGCUUCUCCAAGGAGAUGGACACGGUGGACUCCAUGAUCCCGCAGGUCAUCAAGAUGUUCAUGGGCUCCCUGUUCAACGUCAUUGGCGCCUGCAUCAUCAUCCUGCUGGCCACUCCCAUCGCUGCUGUGACCAUCCCACCCCUGGGCCUCAUCUACUUCUUCGUCCAGAGGUUCUACGUGGCCUCCUCCCGGCAGCUGAAGCGCCUCGAAUCCGUCAGCCGCUCCCCGGUUUACUCCCACUUCAACGAGACCUUGCUGGGGGUCAGUGUCAUCCGGGCCUUUGCGGAACAGGAGCGCUUCAUCUGCCAGAGUGACCUGAAGGUGGACGAGAACCAGAAGGCCUAUUUCCCCAGCAUCGUGGCCAACAGGUGGCUGGCUGUGCGGCUGGAGUGUGUGGGCAACUGCAUUGUCCUGUUUGCAUCCCUGUUUGCAGUGAUCUCCCGGAACAGCCUCAGCCCCGGCUUGGUGGGCCUCUCAAUAUCUUACUCGUUACAGGUCACCACCUACCUGAACUGGCUUGUUCGGAUGUCGUCGGAGAUGGAGACCAACAUUGUGGCUGUGGAGAGACUCAAGGAGUAUUCAGAAACUGAGAAGGAGGCUCCCUGGCGGAUCCAGGAGAUGACUCCGGCCAGCACCUGGCCCCAGGUGGGCCGAGUGGAAUUCCGGGACUACAGCCUGCGUUACCGAGAGGACCUGGACUUGGUUCUCAAGCACAUCAACAUCACCAUCGAAGGAGGAGAAAAGGUUGGCAUCGUGGGGCGGACGGGAGCCGGGAAGUCAUCCCUGACCCUGGGCUUGUUUCGGAUCAAGGAGUCUUCAGGAGGAGAGAUCAUUAUCGACAACGUCAACAUCGCCAAAAUCGGCCUGCACGAUCUCCGCUUCAAGAUCACCAUCAUCCCCCAGGACCCCAUUUUGUUUUCGGGUUCUCUCCGCAUGAACCUGGACCCGUUCAGCCAGUACUCGGAUGAAGAGGUCUGGACGUCACUGGAGCUGGCUCACCUGAAGAACUUUGUGUCAGCGCUUCCUGACAAGCUGAACCACGAGUGCACGGAAGGCGGGGAGAACCUGAGUGUUGGGCAGCGCCAGCUCGUGUGCCUGGCCCGGGCCUUGCUGAGGAAGACGAAGAUCCUUGUGUUGGAUGAGGCCACGGCGGCCGUGGACCUGGAAACCGAUGACCUCAUUCAGUCCACCAUCCGGACACAGUUCGACGAUUGUACUGUCCUCACCAUCGCUCACCGUCUCAACACCAUCAUGGACUACACCAGGGUGAUCGUCCUGGACAAAGGAGAGAUCCGGGAGAGCGGCACCCCCUCUGACCUGCUGCAGCAGAGAGGCCUGUUCUACAGCAUGGCCAAAGACGCCGGCUUGCUGUAAGCCCGGCGCUGGUGCGUCUGGUUUGACCUGCAAGGCCCACAUGCCUUGUCCCAGGAUGAGUCAGCCUCUUUGGGAACCCAAGCGUCCCAUAUACUGAAACCAAAAAAGGAAAAAAAACCAAACCCACUAAGACAAAACCACAAAGCAGCCACCCUCUGGUCCGCCGCCUGGAAUUGGCUGUGAAGAAACAGGAGGGACACAGAGAGGCAGCCCACCAAAGACACGCACACCCUCGCCUGUUCCCCCCGCAGGACGCACCGGCGUCGCACAACCUGGGAGGGCCCGCUCGUGCUCUUGGUGCUCUGCAGGGCGGUGUGGCAGCCAGACUUCUCGAGAAAUUGGUUGCGUAAAACAUGCUAGUGACCAAAUCCAGCCAACUGCCUCAAAUCUCUGUAGCCAAAGUCUGGAAUUCCGAGUCUUCGGCCCCGGCUGCUUGUGCUGGCACCUCUAACAUCUGGGCUCCCCCCAGAAUGCCUCGUCUCCUUGGGGCUGCUGUUUGGAGGUGAGGGGCCUUGGUGAAGAUCAUCCUCGCCCUCAGGCGGUGUCCUGGGGUCCGUGGACACUCCUCUCACCAGCCAUCCCGUCUUCUGGGCGCUCAGACACAGAGCCAGCGUCCCAGCCCAGGCCGGAGGCAGCCUCAUCACCCGCGGGCUUCUCGUUGGCAAGACCGGCUGGACUUUCGGGGGACCUGGACCUGGAGCCCCAGGGCUGGGGGAUCCUCUCUCAGGACCAGUUCCCCACAUUGGCUGCUCACCUCCUCACCCACUCCGGUCUUUUCCCUGCCUUUCCUCCUGCCUCCUUUUGCCAGUUGUAGCACGGAUUGCCUCGAGGCACCUGGAAGGGGCUUGCUCGUGGUUGUGAAGGGUUCAAAGCCAGGAGCACUGGGCACCGCCGCGGAUGACCAGCGGGUACUGAAUCGGACGGGUACUGAAUCGAGCUCCGUUCAGACUUCUCCUCGUAUUUAGAUUUCAGUUCCUCGCCCUUGGCCCCCGGCUAGCUGUCAGAGGCGGCGGCGUGGAGACCCGGACGUGUAGUUAUUGAGUGUGUUCCAGGACAAGAAAAAGAACCCAUUCACGAAUAUCAGUGAUUUUUUUUUUCCUUUUUUUUUUUUUUUUUUUUUUAAAGUACUGCUCCAGGGAGAAACACUGUCUCGACUUGAAUUUCUUGGGCGGAAGUGUUGGGCCGGGAGCAGCUCUCCCCGGGAAAGCCAAGGUGGCCGGCAUCUGACGGCGGGUCUGCGGGUUCCUGAAGAAAAAGCGGAGUGGAGCCCUCCAGGGCCCAUCCUUCAAGGCUCAGAGACCCAGGGAAGACCCACAAAGCAGAGGCAGUGCUGCCCCGAGGUCCCUUGCUGACUUCAAAUCCAGAAAAGCAUCUUCCUUUAGGUGGAAAUAUAUAUAUUUAUUUUUUGUAAGUUAUACCAUUCUUUCACAUUAGAUAAACCAAGUUUUUCUUGGGAAUCGUUUUGUAAUGACUUACACUGGAAACGAGAACAUUUACAAGCAAUUUGCAGUAAAAAAAAAAUGUUAUUUCU